AGAGAGAGACUCACAGAUGUGUGCGGAGGCCAGGGACGCUGACAUUUGGAAUUCCUUCAGGGCAAAAGGAGAUGGGAAUGGGAGCUUAAAAGUGUGCCGCUUAGACUUCAGGCUGCAAGGAAUUAUUAAGAAGUUUUUCUAGAAAAAAAAAAAAAUCCCCUGCACAGCGAGCCGCCUAGGUGCUCCUUUCACGCAGUCCCCUGUGAAGGUGGCAGCGUCUGAUAAUUAAUCUCGGGUACCCAGCCGCUGCAAUAGGCUUAAGAAGAUGAAGAGGAGGGGCGGGGGAAGUGCGUCACCAGCAGUGGACAGAGCAGAUCUCUCGGCAGCAGCGUUGUGAGGACUUAGCUGGGACCUGAAAUUGCAUCCUCCUGUGUUUUUUCAGACUCCUUGGAAAUUAAGGAAUGCAAUUCUGCCACCAUGAUGGAAGGAUUGAAAAAACGUACAAGGAAGGCCUUUGGAAUACGGAAGAAAGAAAAGGACACUGAUUCCACAGGUUCACCAGACAGAGAUGGAAUUCAGCCCAGCCCACAUGAACCACCCUACAGUAACAAGGCAGAGUGUGCUCGUGAAGGAGGAAAAAAAGUUUCGAAGAAAAGCAAUGGGGCACCAAAUGGAUUUUAUGCGGAAAUUGAUUGGGAAAGAUAUAACUCGCCUGAGCUGGAUGAAGAAGGCUACAGCAUCAGACCUGAGGAACCCGGCUCUACCAAAGGAAAGCACUUUUAUUCUUCGAGCGAGUCGGAAGAAGAAGAAGAAUCACACAAGAAAUUUAAUAUCAAGAUUAAGCCACUGCAGUCUAAAGACAUUCUGAAGCACGCUGCCACUGUGGAUGAACUGAAGGCGUCGAUAGGCAACAUCGCCCUUUCCCCAUCACCAGUGGGUGCAAUUAAAAGGAACUUAUCCAGUGAAGAAGUAGCGAGACCCAGACGUUCCACACCGACUCCAGAACUUAUAAGCAAAAAGCCUCCAGAUGACACUGUGGCCCUCGCUCCCCUGUUUGGCCCACCAUUAGAAUCAGCUUUUGAUGAACAGAAGACGGAAGUUAUUUUAGAUCAGCCUGAGAUAUGGGGUUCAGGCCAGCCAAUUAAUCCAAGCGUCGAGUCGCCAAAGUUAACAAGACCUUUUCCCACUGGAACACCUCCACCACUGCCUCCAAAAAAUGUACCAGCCACCCCACCCCGAACAGGCUCCCCCUUAACAGUUGGACCAGGAAGUGACCAGUCAGCCACAGAGGUCAAAAUUGAAAAGCUACCGUCAAUCAAUGACUUGGACAGCAUUUUUGGUCCAGUGUUGUCUCCCAAGUCUGUUGCUGUUAAUGCCGAAGAAAAGUGGGUCCAUUUUUCUGAUACGUCCCCGGAACAUGUUACUCCAGAGUUGAGUCCAAGAGAAAAGGUGGUGUCCCCACCAGCUGCAUCAGACAACCCAGCUGACUCCCCAGCUCCGGGCUCCCCAGGCCCCCCGGGCCCCCCAGGGCCUCCUGGGCCUCCUCGCAGUGUACCAUCACCGCUCAAUUUAGAAGAAGUCCAGAAGAAAGUCACUGAGCAGACCUUCAUUAAAGAUGAUUACUUAGAAACAAUCUCAUCUCCUAAAGAUUUUGGGUUGGGACAGAGAGCAACUCCACCUCCCCCACCACCACCCACCUACAGGACUGUGGUUUCGUCCCCCGGACCUGGCUCGGGCAGUGGUACGGGGACCGCCAGCGGUGCAUCAUCCCCCGCCCGGCCAGCCACUCCGUUGGUUCCUUGCAGCAGCACCACCCCUCCUCCGCCUCCUCCCCGGCCUCCCUCGCGGCCGAAGCUGCCCCCGGGGAAGCCUGGAGUCGGAGACGUGCCCAGACCGUUCAGCCCUCCCAGACAUUCUUCCAGCCCUCCUCCGAUAGCACCCCUAGCCCGGGCCGAAAGCACGUCUUCAAUAUCAUCCACCAAUUCCUUGAGCGCAGCCACCACUCCCACAGUUGGUUCUUCCAGAGGACCCAGCCCCCUUACCAUGGGCGCCCAGGACACCCUGCCCGUUGCAGCAGCAUUUACAGAAACGGUCAACGCCUACUUCAAGGGAGCAGAUCCAAGCAAAUGUAUUGUGAAGAUUACCGGAGAAAUGGUGUUGUCCUUUCCUGCCGGCAUCACCAGACACUUUGCCAACAACCCAUCGCCAGCGGCUCUGACUUUCCGGGUGAUAAAUUUCAGCAGGUUAGAACACGUCCUGCCAAAUCCCCAACUUCUCUGCUGCGAUAAUACCCAAAAUGAUGCCAAUACCAAGGAAUUCUGGGUAAACAUGCCAAAUUUGAUGACUCACCUAAAGAAAGUGUCGGAACAGAAACCCCAGGCUACAUAUUAUAAUGUGGACAUGCUCAAGUAUCAGGUGUCUGCCCAGGGCAUUCAGUCCACGCCUCUGAACCUGGCGGUGAACUGGCGCUGUGAGCCGUCAAGCACUGACCUGCGCAUAGAUUACAAAUACAACACAGAUGCCAUGACCACCGCCGUGGCCCUCAACAACGUGCAGUUCCUGGUCCCCAUCGAUGGAGGCGUCACCAAGCUGCAGGCCGUGCUCCCCCCAGCAGUCUGGAAUGCUGAACAACAAAGAAUAUUGUGGAAGAUUCCCGAUAUUUCCCAAAAGUCAGAAAAUGGAGGGGUGGGUUCCUUAUUGGCAAGAUUUCAGUUGUCUGAAGGCCCAAGCAAAGCUUCCCCAUUGGUUGUGCAGUUCACAAGUGAAGGAAGCACGCUUUCUGGCUGCGACAUUGAACUUGUUGGAGCAGGAUAUCGAUUUUCACUCAUCAAGAAAAGGUUUGCUGCAGGAAAAUACUUGGCAGAUAACUGAUAAAACCUUAUGCAAGGAUUGGAGGAUUCGUAUAAUGGAGAACUGUUGUAUGAGAAACAGGUUUUCAUUUUGGCUUGAUGAAAACAAACCAAAAUCUGCACUUGGGGUAUAUCUGCUGGAAACAUCGGUGACUUUCGGCAAUGAUUUCCCUCACACGAUACCUUGAUGACCAGUCCUACAGUAUUUACUUCUAGGUGUAAUAUUGUUAAUGGUUUUAAAAUGUAAUUAUUGUAUUUGUAAAUUGUACUCAUUUCAGUAAGGCAUUUAGACACUCGAGUUUUAGCAUUUUACCAUUCCUGAAAUGGAUGUAAUUUAAACUGUGGUAUGUAAAUUUAACAGUAGCAUUGUUGAAAGGCACAAUGCUUACAGAGGUAGAUUGCAUUUUGUCAAUGUAUAAAAUUUAAAUAUAAUAUGGAUAGCUGUCCUAAAGGGGGUGCCACAUACAAAGAAAAUUAAGUGGAACCAGAAAGAAAAAGACUUCCUUUUCUUCAGUCCUUAGUAAGUUUUACUCUACUGCUAAAUAAAAAUUCUAUCUUCAGAUGUUUAGUGGGUUAAAUUCAGAAACUAUUUCAGAAAAAAAAAAUUCUAAGGUUACAGCAUAUUCAAAGAAAAGCAUUAAUUAUCACUUUUUAAAAAGCUUUUUUUUCAAACUGCAAAUUUCAUAAAAAUGCAAACUGUGUAAACAAGGCCUCUUAUUUUUAUAACUUGUGUAAAAAGGGAAAGCAAUUCAUAUUUAAAGUUUAAGUAUAUGAAAUUAUAAUCAAGAGUAAGGAAGAUAUUGAAGUCUUAAUUACUUCCUCCUCUCUCUACAGUUUGGCAAUUGUGGAGAUUGCUGAAUAAUUAGUCAGAUUGAAACCAAAAUUCUGAUUUUACAGUAAAUUUCAAGACUUUCCGUAGUUGAACAGGUUAACAACUUUUGCACAAUUACUCUAAACAGAGAGUCUCUCCCAUCUAGCAUGGAGAAUGGUACCACAUAUCUUCUUUACCCAUAGAAAUCAAAACAUUGAGACUGAACACCUCAGAAAAAAACCUUUUAGUCCCCUGUUUAAAUCCAGAAGGAGGAUUUUAAUCGUCAUCAUUUACGUCAUUUGGGAAGGAAAAAAUAAGCUUUAUAAAUCAAAUUCUAUCCACAUUAUUGUGCAAUAAAUUUCCUUUUAGAUAUGAUUCAUCGUAUGUAACUAUAAAUCUUUGCCAUUCUUGGGGAAUCCAAAAAAGAGUCAUCAGAAAUUUAUGUCGUGAUUUCAUUGUCACAAGGUAUAAUAAAAACUGUAAUUACUCAGUCUGGCCUUAUAAUAUGGGAAUUCAGAAUGGAGAAGCCCAUUUCUUCAGGGGUCCCAGUUGGAAAACCUUCCUCUGUUAUGAUCUGAAAACAGGAAUCUUCUUUUAAGUUAUAGAAUUUAUUUUAAACAUAAACCAAUUACUGUUGCAGGUUAUACUAUUAAAUAACUGUAAUUAUUAGGUUGUUUCGUUUAUCAUUAGUUGCUAAAUUUUAUUUUACACUCACUCAUAUUUGACAAAGAAUCUGUAGCCCCUUUAAAUUUUAGAAUCAAAUUAAAUUCUAUAGGUCUUACUUUUAAAAUGAGAUUGUGAUUGGCAGUUGUUUAUAGUGGCACUUUAAAAUUAAUAUUUGUACUGCUCAAUCAGUGCUUGCAACCAAGAGAAGGUUCAAAAUGAUCUGUUUGACCUUAGAAGAAUUCUUACUAUUCAAACUCACUUGGCUCCCCAAGCAGUCUGGUGUUGAAGUACUUUGAACAAAUAAUUAAUAUACUCAUUUUAAGUAAAGAUAUUCAAUUUGAUUUUGAAACCAAAAUAGAAAAUGCAAACUUUUAAAUCCCAUGAAACACAGGGAAAUUUAUUUCAAACACUGAAACCAGUGGAGAGGAAGCAGCAGAAAAUUGAGAAUUGUCCAUCAUAUGAAAAUAAAUUGUGUUUUUAAGUAAACAAUUCGUG